UUCGGAAGCUGAACGAGGGUGACAGUAAAGCAGGUGCGUGUAUAGAGUUGAAAGUGAUGGUGCAAGAGGCUCACAGCGCGCUGACUGACCUCCGCUGCCGCAACGCAGAGCAAGCGUUCAGAAAGGCUCUGAUCAUCCUGGACACCAGCACAGCCAAGGAAGUUGGUCUUUCUACGCUGGAUGUUUUGUUGUUGCUGUACGGACACGCAGCAGCUCUGACCGAAAUCGGCCAGCCUGAGGAACUUGGAGAAGCACAAAAGCUUCUGGAAAAGAUCAAAUCAUUUGAGGAGCGGACCUUUCAGUGUCUAGUUUACUACGCCACCGGGAGGGUGUUUCUCAAGGAGAACAGGUUUACAGUGGCUCUGAAGCAGUUUUCAGAUUCCCUGCAGACAGUCAAGAAUAAAAUAACGCCGGGUAAACUCACCUGGCCUUUCACCAAUGAGAUUGUCAAAGAAACGCAGCCGGACUAUUUCAAGGGAAUGCUUGAGCAAGCUAUAGAGUUGUGUACAUUUCCUCCUCCGCCUGACGCCAUCUGUCGACUGGAGAUCUGCCUCUGCCCCAUGAAGGCAGAAAUCUACCUGACGGACCCAGAUUUCAAGGUAUCAGCUGCCGUCGGCUAUAACGUCUCGUAA